AUGGGCGAGUCCAGACAGGAGCUUGUGCAGUGGCUCAACAGCCUGCUCCAGCUCAAUAUCACAAAGGUUGAGCAAUGCGGCACUGGAGCGGCCUUGUGCCAGGUGUUUGACAGCAUAUACAUGGACGUGCCCAUGUCCAAGGUCAAGUUCAACGCCAACGGCGAAUGGGCCUACGUUCAAAACUUCAAAGUCCUUCAAAACACGUUUGCCAAGCAUCAAAUCGACAAGCCGAUCCCUGUGCAAGCCCUCAUGAAGUGCAAAAUGCAAGACAACCUCGAGUUCCUGCAGUGGACCAAGAGGUUUUGGGAUCUCAACUUUCCCGAUCACGAGUACGAUGCCGUAACACGGAGGAAGGGGGGCACGCUUCCCAACGCGGGCGCCGCGAGGGCACCUGUGACGGCGGCAGCUGGUGCUCGUAGAGGAGGCACCACGCCUGCGGGCGGUCCACGCGUUGCCAAGGCUGCCGGCGCCGGUCCCGGCUCCGCUGCACUGCAGCAGGAGAACGCCACACUCAAGGAGACUGUUGCCGGGCUGGAGCGGGAGCGCGACUUUUACUUCAGCAAGCUGCGCGACAUUGAGCUGCUCAUCCAGCAAGCCGUGGACGAGGACCCAGAGCUCGAGAAGCAGGAAGAGGGCCUGGUCAAGCAGGUCCAGGCGAUUCUAUACUCGACCGAAGAGGGGUUCGAGAUUCCCGACGAAGGGGAGGCUUUGGACGACCAGGAGACGUUUUGA